GUGGCUGCAAAGCGCUUAUUCAUAUUCAACUACUGCAAGUUUCAUCGGCAAUACUGAAGCACCAAGCGACGGCGUGACGAAUUCAGGCCAUCGAAGCUGGCGAAGCCCUCCACUGUCAUUAAAAUCUAAUAGUCUCAGCACCAGCACUACCAACGCUACUGACUUUUAACCAAAAUGCCCCCCAAGAAGGAGAAAGGAAAGGGAGGCGGAGGGAAAAAGAAGAAAUCGGCACGCCCAGCCUGGAUGAGCGAAGGACUGUGGGAUCUAAGCCAAAAUCUUCAGAAGCUGUCGGAGUUUUAUAGUGGCGACAUUAAGGAAACGAAGCUGAAGGAGGGCCAGGCGCCCCCUCCAAACAUCACGCGGACACAGGCUGGCAUGUACAUCUGGCAGCUGCUGUUCCCGAACAACAAGCAGGGCAAGCAGAAGCGCGAGGAGUCCAUCAAACUGGGCAUCGUGGAGGUGUCGGUUAAGAUCCUGGCCAGCGGCAAGGCGCCCGACAUGACGCCGGCGCUGGGCAUCCUGGUGGCCAUGACCGGCGAAAACCCGGUGCAGCGCGGGGUCAUGCUGGACGCCAAGCCCGCGCCGCUGCCCAACGUGCUGUCCGCGCUCGGCGACGAGAGCGCCAGCCUGCGCGCCGUGGCCUGCGCGCUGCUGCGGGUGGUUUCGCGGGAGUCGGACUCGCGGCCGCGGCUGUGGCGGCUCAUGCGCGCGGACUGGGACUGGACGCCGCUGGUGGCGUGCCUGGACCUGACGGAGAUGAGCCAGCUGGGUGGGCGCUCCGCCUGCUACGAUGCGGCCGCCACCAUGGAGGCCAUGUGCUGCGCCCCCGAGGGCGACAUCGCCAACGGGGCGUGCGCGGCGCUGCUGGCGGCGGGCGGGCCCAAGCACAUGGUCAAGGUGCUGCGCACCCGCAAUGCACACCCCAUGGCCAAGGCGUGCUGCGUGGCGGUGCUGAACCAGCUGCUGCGGCGGGCCAGCCCGGAGGUGUGCGAGGAGGUGGUGGUGGGGCUGUCGGCGCUGGAGCCGGUGGCGGGCGUGUUUGCCCACCCAGUCAUACCGCUGGUCUACAAGGCGCACGCGGCGGCCUGCAUGCUGCGCUACAUUAUGCCGGACAGCCUGUGGCGUGCGUCCGCCGCGGCCGCGAAGGCGGCGGCGGCAGGGCCACCGCCCGGCACGGCGGGGACAGACGGGACAGCGGCAGUCGACGUGGGCUCGACGCCAGGGACGGCUGGUGGGCUGGUGGCGGACAUGCAGGCGGGCGUGGUGCGGGGCCUUGAGACGGAGGGGGCGGGCGGCCCCGGCGGCGUGGAGGUGCCUGACCUGGAGUUGAUGGACGACGAGACGCGCGAGCAGGUAGUGGGCCGGGCGCGGAAGGUGGCGGCCAUGGACGGCGUGCUGCGCUCCCUGGUGGGGCUGUGCGUGGGGCCAGAGGGGCCACUGCCGGACCUGGAGGCCGUCAAGGCAGACCCAGCACCCGCCGCGGACGACAAGAAGAAGGGCAAGAAGAAGAGCAAGAAGAAGGGGAAAAAGGCAAAGAUGGAGCCCGGCAUGGCGGAGGCUCAGACGUAUGCCAGUGCCGUGCUGCGGCUGGUGAGCCUGGCGGAGGAGCAGCGCGUGCCGCUGGCGUCCGCGGGCUCCAUCCGCCACCUGCUGCCGCUCCUUGACGGCAAGAACUCGGCAGCCCGGUGGAACGCGCGGCAGACGCUCAUCAACCUGUCGCUGUGCCCGGAGCUGCUGCCCAAGCUGCAGCUCUACAAGGUGCCCGACUACGUGCACCAGGCCAACGUGCCGCAGACGCACUUCGAGCGGCCGCUGCAGCCGGCGGCGGCGCCGCCCAGCAAACUGGAACACCAGGACUCACUGGGACGCAAGAAGGAGGGGUCGACGGGAGGAGCUGGCACCAAGCCACCGGCGCUCAAACCCAAGGCGUAGUCGAGCUGCGUAACCCGCAUACACCGGACAGGGAAUGUCAGAAUGUGCUGCGUUCGGCUGAAGAGGCGACCGUGCGAAUCUCAGCUGUCAAAGGGAGGCGGUGGCUGCUGACGCCACCCCGUUGCCGACACGCACACGGACUGCCGCACUGCGAGUGCCGGCGGACUGGGGGUCUCUGCGGAAUGGGGCGCUGCCGCAGUGUCGGUGGUGCGGCCCGGCGGCAGCCUGGAUGUCCGCAAGCGGUGGUAGCGCGCCAGUCGCACAUCUGGGUCCGGCACCAGCAUGGGAGGCUGUACAGUGUAGCUUGGAUGCGAUGGGACAGGGUAAGUGGCAGGUUGGCGUAGUCGCCACCCGGGUGCCACUCCCUGUUUUGGCUGAGUCCAAACGCUGGCCCACCUUGGUGGCGCCGGUAGCACCUUCAGACCUAUUCGGCCUGGAAUGUUUGACACGGCGUUGUGACUGGGCCGGGGUUGACGUAGGCCGAGUGGGUCUGCAGGGUCGUACGGCGUCCGGGGGGUGCAUUUCCCCAGCCAAACCCGCACGUUCGGAGGGCUCUGGGAGUCGCCCGGGGGAAAUCCUACCACACGAUUUAGACGCCGCAUUUUUGUAGGUACAUAUUGAACAGCAUCAAUGGCCAAUAGCGCUCGACAGAGGACUAAAACACGUUGGUCGGGGCUCAAGUCGCGAAAUUGACCGAAGCCCAUAUCUCGCAUAGGCGGUGUUUUGGGGCUAGACCAGGUGCCGCCGACUUAGAUUCAUUAAUAGAGUAAAUCCUGACAGCGUCGGGCAAAUUCUGUUCGGUCCUGGCGACCGCGACAUUUAGCAUUUCGACUUCGGCUCUCGCUCGAAUUUAUGCCCCGGGACCAUUCAGGGACCAUUAUAUAUGUCACAUGAUGCCAUUUUAGUGAUCAAGGGGCUUGGACUCACGCAGUCCCUAGGGACUUCCCCGAGUGGCACCCGGGUGGUAGUCGCAGCGUAUUCCCAGACCCCAAGUCCCCAACACUUAAUUUGCAACGUCAAGGCAAGAUUGCGUGGCUGGUAAACCGCCGGAGUUAAUGUAUUGAGGCAUCGCUGACGUGCUGGCAGGCUGGUAGUUUCCUGACGCGCACAGUGUAGCUUGGAUGGUAAACGUCUGCAGUCUGGGGCAGACUGUGCACUAGAUGGUCUAGGUGUGUACGGCAGUGUAUGGUUGUAAGCACUGACAUAGGAUAGCAGUGUUCAGACAGUAGGCAGAUGAGCUACUUGGCUUCAGGCUUGUAAUACAGCAAUCUCAAGGCUUCGGGUACGGCAGGCGCUGUGGCAGUCGGCAGCUGACGGCCUAGCGCAAUCAGCCGGAUGGUAGCUGUUGCCACCCUUUGCCACGGGCCUUGUACAUAUGUGGAUGGCUGGCCUCGAGAGUUGGUGCAACAGGCUUGGCAGAUCAGUUUAGACAGUUCGGCUUGUUCCUCUACGUUUUUCUUUUGACAACACGGUUGAGUC